AAAAUUCAAUGAAACAGAAGGAAAAAGCUUCUCAGGGCAGCACCAGAGGAACGAAGAGGCUAACAUGCCCGGGGUGCGCAACUUGCUAUCCUACGCACGCUCAACCAGCAAUCGAAUCCUCCCAAUUCCAAAGGGUCUGGGAAGAGAGAGAAAGUGAUAGAGAGAGAAAGUAGAGAGAGAUGGGUAAUUGGGGUUACCGCUACAACAAGGCGAGACAACAACAGUGGUGGUGUGAACUUCAAACAUCAUCACCAAAAAUAUCGCCUCCUUUACUUUACCACCCUCCUCUUUCUAACCCUAACCCUAAUCCUAACUAUCCAAACCCAUUAUUUAACUCUGGUUCUCACCCUAACCCACCUCCCCCACGCCUUUCUCGAACCAACCAAACCACUCAAUUUGUCCCCAAGACAAAGCUACAUACUUCAAAACCCUAAUCGACAAUCUCUGUAUCUCUCUCUCUUUGUGCCUCUUUUCUUAUGGUCUAUUCGGGUAAUCUUCAAAGAUUUUGAAGUUUUCAAUCGAAAGCACCACAACUAGACAGCUACAUUUGGCUUGUGGUUCAACCGUUUCCACCGUCAUGGAAAGCUUUGGUUUCAGUGACACGAGCAAAACGGCAAGGAAGAAGAGGAGCAGUUCCUCCCGGCGUCCUCGUAGUGAUUCUCAGCCUUUUGUAGAUUGCCGUGAGAACUCAGACAAUGUCAGCAGUGACGAAAAUAAUGGACACGGUCAUUGGAAAAAAGAACUUAAUUUGAACCAAUGCAGCUUGAGGGCUUCAUCCACUAAUCUUGUUGAAGCAGGUACCCAAAUAAGUAGGAGGAUAAGUGCUAGGUAUACUUCUUUUCCUCUUGGACAAUCAGAUGUAGCUUCAGAUGCCCCAGGAAGUGAGAAAAAAGUGAAAAAAGUAAAGCUUAAGGUUGGUGGUGUCACACGAACUAUACAAGCUGAUUCCACACCUGCUGGUGCUUCUAUGGGUGGAUCUUCUAUGAAAUCUUCUAAUUCUUCUGUUGCCCCUCAUCCUCGGCCAAAGCUGAUUCUUCAGGACAUUUCAGACGACGAUCGUUCUUCUCCAGACAAGGGAAGUGGCUUGCGAGGAGUCCAAUGGAAGGGCUAUUCUAGUAGUGGUUUAAGUGUCAUGAAUCCGAAUUCUUUGAGGGGGAAGAACUUUGACGAAAGUGUCUCUACUAAGCAAGACAAGUUUGAGCCAGUCCGUAAGAGCAAGCGUGUCCCUAAGAAACGUCCUCUAGAUGGAGCAUUUGAUGAUGAAGAUGAGGAUGAUGAAGAGCUGCGAUACCUUGAAAAGCUCAAAUUUUCUAAGCUUGCUACUGAAAAUAGUGCAGAAUACGAGAGUGACGAUGAAGUAGGAAGCAGAAAGCGACACAAGAUCUCAAAGGUGUUGAAUAGAAAUGGUGCCGUCAGGUCCUCCGUUGAUGCAGUUAAAAAAUCCAGAUCAGUGAGAGCAUUCACAGAUACUGAGUAUGUGGAAGAGGAACAGUUGGUUUCCGAUGGUGAGCCUGAGACAAAGAAGAAGAAGAAGCAGGGAAAGGAGUUGGUUGAUGAUUUGGGAGAUGGUAAGAGGGAAAUGGCUAUAACUACUCGUCAAAGGGCCCUUCAAUCUGUCAAACACGUUUCUUCCAAUUCUGGUGCAAGUGUAGUUGAGUUCCCAAAUGGGUUGCCCCCUGCUCCUAGAAAGCAAAAGGAGAAACUCUCUGAAGUGGAGCAACAGCUUAAGAAAGCUGAGGUGGCACAAAGACGGAGGAUGCAAACUGAGAAGGCAGCUCGGGAAUCUGAGGCUGAAGCAAUUAGAAAAAUACUGGGCCAGGAUUCCAGUAGGAAGAAGCGGGAGGAUAAAUUGAAGCAGCGGCAAGAGGAAUUAGCACAGGAGAGGGCUACCAACGCAAUGACACUCGCAUCAAACACUGUUAGAUGGCUUCUGGGUCCCACUGGUAGUGUCGUGACAUUUCCCAACGAGAUGGGUCUGCCAAGUAUAUUUGAACCCAAGGCUUGUAGCUACCCUCCUCCCCGUGAGAAAUGUGCUGGUCCAUCUUGUACAAAUGCAUACAAGUACCGGGAUUCCAAGUCAAAAGUCCCCCUCUGCAGCCUUCAAUGCUACAAGGCAAUUCAUGAGAAGAUGCAGCCUGUGACUUCAUGUUAAUUAUGUGGACUUGCAGCUUGCCCUUGCUGCUGUUCUGAGUCAGAGUAUUCGUGGCCGGUUUGGCUAUUAUUGUGAAAGGGAUAACAUCCUUUGGCUGAUCAACCAAUGCUUUGAUGAGUUGUUACUUAGACAAUGCUGCCAAAUUUUUGCCUGCAUCAAAUCUCUCUCGAUAGGAGGCAGGAUGAACAGUGUAUGUUAUUUCUGAUUGAGAGCUUUUGACGCGGGCUUGAACUGCAAUUAAAACCCAGCUCAAGUUCUUGUAUAUAACCUGUGUUUUGUUUACCUAGUCCUGUUAUUUACUUACUACAACAUAUGCAUUUUUUUUUACCUAGUCCUGUUAUUUACUUACUACUACAUAUACAUUUGGUUACUGUGGUUUGGUGGAUGAUGAAGUAUUCGGAAUAUAACAAUUGGAUCACCUUUCAUCUUC